CCUGUGCUUGGCCUUGCAAUGACGCUGCAUGAGGCACUGAGCUGUGGACUGAUUGAUCCACACUCUGUGCUUGUGUAUUCUGCUGAUUCCGAUGAUUUGGUUACAUUACCUAAUGCCUCGAGUGGUAUUGUUAGUAUCCGACAUAACGCAUACAUGCAUCCUUAUCUUGGUCAACCGAUGACACUCGAUGAAGCUUUCAUACGAUGCUACUUGGUAGCUAAUGAACCAUCCCUGAGUUUACAGGUUGCAAUCGAACGUGGGAUAUACAACCGACAUAUCCGUACAUUCAUUUGUCCCACCACUCACGAGCGACUGAAUCUGAGGCAAGCGCUUCAGUGUAGCCUAAUCAGCGGCUUUACAACAGCUGUAGCCGAUUAUGCUUCUGACACCCACGUGCCCCUUACCCGAGCGCUGGAGCUGGGCUGGGUAGAUUCGACAAACUGUGGUGUACUUGACGGGGCAAGCCAGAAGAUGUUACCGCUGGAUGUUGCAUUGCGGAAAGGUAUUGUUCGUACAUGGCGUGAACGUCGCGAACGCAACCGAGAGGGCAUAGCGGGACAGAUAUGUGACCCGCAAACAGGAAGCGUGCUAAAUUUGUUCAAUGCGGUUUCAAGCGGCCUAAUUGAGGGCAACAGGCUUAUGGUGAAAGACUUAGCAGAGUCGUCCAUCGUCCCUUACCCUGAAGCGUUAGCAUCGGGCCUUGUUGAUCCGAUUGAAGGUGUUCUUUCAUAUCCACCUGGUAUGACAUCGGAUGAAGCACUGUCUAGAGGAGUGAUCAUAGACUCUGCUAUACCCAUGUCACUGCAAGGAGCCCUUGAACUACGGUUGUACAAUCAGAGUACGGGACUCUUCAACCAUCCGUACAUAGACGAACAACUUAACUUGAGGGAUGCGAUUAGGAAAGGCGUAAUUGAGCCAGAUGUGCUUACGGUGAAGGUGCCGCACAGUGGAGACAUGCUGUCACUUUCUGAAGCCAUUGCCAAUGGACUAGUGAACCCCUCAUCAGGUACGGUUUUCGAUUCAGAACUGAGGUGUGAUAUCAACUUUUAUGAGGCAAUCGGAAGGGGAAUCAUCCUUCCUGUAUCGAAAGUGCUUCCGCUUUCUGAAGCUGUCCUGAAGAGGUUUUAUGAUCCAUCAACUGGACUGAUAGUCACUCCGUUUGAUAGUCAACCUCAAAGCCUCGCCGAUGUUGUUGAGAGUGGUUUCGUUGAUCCAGACAGCACUGUUAUCUCUCUACCCAGUAGCCAUGGUUUACUGACAUUUGACCAGGCCAGAAGUAGGCAGCUUAUUGAUGCACAAAGAGGUACGUUAAGGGUUGGCGAGCAGUUUCAAGAUCUCAAAACUGCAUUUGACAGAGGGUACCUCAUCGAUGUCUCGUUACCAUAUUCUGUACGGACUGCUCUUUCUGUGGACCUCUUUGAUGAAGGUUCCGGUAGCUUCCUUGAUCCACGAAGCGGUAAUUACCUUGAUGUGGUUGAUGCACUGAAACGAGGACUUCUUGACAAUUCUUCAGCUAAUAUAGUCCUUUCAGGAAGGCAACCACUAACGUUGCUUCAAGCAGCGGAAAGUGGAGUGGUUGACAAGCUUUCGUCGAAUCUAAAACACCCUGAUGGCCGGACACUUCCCUUGAAGACGUGUUUGAAAGAAGGGUAUAUCGUAGACGCCAAGCCUCGAGUCUCCAUACAGAAAGUCGUGAAAAGGAAAUGGUACAGUCCAGAAAGCAACAGAGUGAAAUUUCCAAACGCUGUGCAUUCCUUUACCCUUAGCGAAGCUGUGAUCAGACGAGCAAUUGAUCCUUUCCUCCCAUUUGUUUGUUUCUCAGGUCAGUUGAUGACACUCGCGGAUGCAUGCCGAGCUAAUGUCAUUGACCUGUCAACAGGAGUCAUUAAAGAUCCAGCCACGUCUGAGACAUGCCCCCUCCAUAUUGCUUGUGAAACUGGUCUGGUUAUUGACUUCGAAAAGAAGCUAAAUCUGCAAGACAUUGGCCGAUUUAGUCUGUUCAUACCGUCAACUGGAAAGAUUCGAGAUACUGUCCGAAAUCAAAGUCUCAGCCUCAGACAGGCCUUGCAGGCUGAGGUUGUUGAGCCUGCACACACCAUGGUAAAGAACGUGGAAACCGGGAAGUUCUUAAGCCUCCUGGCAGCAAUCGAUGGUGGUUUACUUGAUGCUGAUGCAAACGAAUACGUUGUCACGGGAACUCGCUUGCCGCUUCACGAAGCUGUACAAAACAAGCUGGUCAUAUGCAGCAACCCACCUUACACACUUACAAGAGCCUUUGAAUUGCUGCUGUUAGAUGAAGAGUCUGGGAGGUUUGUUGACCCCAGAACAUCGCACCUCCUAGAUGUCAAGGAAGCCAUAGAAACCGGACUGCUGGAUCCUAGAAGCAUUCUGAAAGAUCCAGUCUCAGGAAAAAUGGCUGAUUUGAAGUCCAUUGUUGCUGGAGCCAGACCAGGUGUUGACAGGGUAUGGAAGCUGGAGAGCUCAACUUGCAGCAUCCCUUUGCGUUUUCAUUUCGAAAAGGACGCGAUAACCAUUCGCCAGUUAGGAAUAAGCAGUGAUCAACCCACAGCACAUAGUAUUGGGAAUCUGCAGAUGGGCGUCCGGACAUCUGCUAGGAGUGAUCUUCUAGCUUCCGCUUCAAGAGUCCUUGAGCCACCAAAAGGAACAAGGUUGAAGAAGGACGUUGGACUGACGUCCAGUAAGGAAGACAUUGUAAAGCCAAAGAGCAGAGACGUGAAGUUCGCGUCCAAGAAAGUGAUACCAUUACAAUCAUCUCUUGAACAUGGAGAAGGUGAGAAGUUCAGGAAGAGUCCAGAACCAAAAACUGAGGCUCCUCGCUCCUUUCCUGAAGGUGAAAGGGCAUGCAGGAGGCCUGAGAAAGAAGUGUUGAAUUUUUCUGUUCAGAGAGAAGUUGUUCAGGAAAUAGUGUCUGCGGGUGAAGUCUUGCCCGUGAUACAGGACAUAGAACAUCCCAUAGCGAGACCACAAGUCUCAGAACUGCAGCAGAAAGCUCCGGAAGUAUGCAUACCAGUCACAGAGCAUGUUGGACUGUCUCCGGUGCAAGAGUCUGUGACUGUGUCAGAAACAGUGUCGCCAGCUGUGUGCUCUCUGUAUAGCUCGGAUAACAGUUCAGACGAGUCAAAGCAGCUGUCAGAAUCGACUGUGAGAGCAUUGGAGAGCAGUCCACAGACUUUUCAGGGCCAGACUGAUACAGCAGACCUAAGUCCUACUGGUGUAUGUUUGCCCGAGAGCGCUUUUCACCAAACACCUGUCAUGUUUAUGGCUCUCUCUACAGACAUCUGCCCUCCUCGUUCAGCCUUUGUCAAUGAGUCUUCCCUGAUUCCCGGUGUUUCUAAUAAAUUAUCAGCUGCUGUGAACUUUCCUGACCAAGGCUACACAUGCUCUCCAGAUUCUGCUGUGGCGUCUGCAGAGUCAGGUUACGAUAUACUGUCAUUAUCACCCAUACAUGAAGGACCUGAGAGCUCAGCAGAAUCAAGAGGUGAAGCAACUUCACCAGAAUUGCUGGAUAUCGAAGACGUAUCAACCCCAACCCCGUCUAUGCCAGAAUAUACUCAAGGGAAAGUACUUCCAUGCAAAGAGCACACCCAGACAACUCUACCACAAGGUCAAAGGACUGAAGAUCUCAACACUUCCACGGAAACUGCUAAACUUAAUGAAGGUGAAGCACUAGCUUCUAGUCUGGUAGCUGCUAGUAGCCCACUGCUAAGGAAAGUAUCCGCAAAUACGACGCAGCCAAGGAAGAAUAAAGCUGACAAUAUUUCAGUCAGCUCAGUUAGUUCUGAAAGACAAUCAGUAGGAGAGUUCAUACUACUCGAACCAGCACCACUUGUUGCCAGAACUGUUUUGGGAAGUGGUUCUCCUCCUGGUGCUGAAGGUCAAGAAUUGCUUGCAGCAGAAACAAGCAAAAUGACAGAGUGUACAAAAGGCAAAGACAGGGAGACAAGAGAAACCAUGAAGGCACCACGAUCAACGACUCAGAUGGGCGCACAACAUGGAGUGGUUGCGCUAGAACUACAGCGAGAGCCAGAUGAAGAGGUUGCUGAUCACAGAGAACACCCUCAGCAAACCGAAACCUUCAGGGACACUGUGAAGCAGAAGACAUACGUGGAUGACCAAGCACAUGUGAGUCAGCAAGUACCUGCUGAACUGGACCUUCCGCUUUACCAGCAGAUUGCUGCAGAUCAAAAGGUCACUAUUGACAGAAAAAUACGCCCUGACCGUAAAGCCCCUGCACGUGAAAGGGCCUCUGGGGUUCACGAAAUCCCAUCAGACGACAGUGUUGCUGAUGACAUCAGGAUACAUGCUGGUCAAAGAAUCUCAUUUGAUCAGGGGACACCUGUCACUCUGAGGGUGAGUGCUGGCGAAAAGCUCCUUUCAGGUCGGAGCACGCCUGUGGAGGAAAGAAUACCUCCAAAUGGGGCUCACCCUACAGUCGAGGAUGUACGUGCAGAUGACAGAUUCAUUCCGGAUCACACGUCAACUUCAGACAAAAGCAUAUCCUCACGUCUUAAGGCUGACAGAGACAAAACUGUCCUCUCAGCUGAGAAGACAUCUGCACAUCAGGUAAUGUCUAGCAAGGAGAGAGCUGUAGCUGACCAAGAGAUUGCUGCAGGUUCAGGUAUUACAGGGAAAGGGAUUCCUGCCACAGAGGUGACUCCUGUACCCCAGAAGAUGCCAUCUGGCCAGCUGAUGCAUUCUCAUGGGCAAAAUGUAUCCGUUGGACAGAUUCCAGUGAAAACAAUUGAUGCAGAACUGCGCUUACCUUCUGACAAUGGUUCCCCUGCCCAGCACUGGUCAUCUGCAGAAGAACACAACCUCGCAUAUCAAGGAGCCUCUCCACAUGUGACAGUCAAUGCAGAGGUAUCCUCUGUUGCUACUGGAAAGCGUACUGCCAUUCCUACUCGAGAAAGCAGCAUUGGAGUCCAAAGACCACCUGUUUCGAAGAGGGUGCGCCUAAGUGAAAGAGCCACACCUAGCCAAAAGGCCUCACCAGAAAGGAGAACAUCCUCGCAACAAAGAAUGACAUUGGAUGAAGUGGGUGAUACGUACACACGCGCGAGAAGGCUUGUCAACACAGAGUUCCCUCACUACAAAGUGAUCCCUGCAGAAGAAAGCUUCCCUGUUGAAGAAGGGUCGGCAACAGACCACAUGGGACAACGUUCCCAAAAUAAUCUUGAAGAAGCAAUUCUGCUGGAACAAAGGGAUACUCCUCCCUGCAGAAAGAGCUCCAGGGACAAAAGGGUUCAAGAGGACAAGAGAACUUCAUCUCGCGAAAGGAUGUCCAAACUGGGAAGCUCUUCUACCGAGGAUGAAAAGGUCACCGCAGACCAAAGAGUUGGUGCAGGAGAGGAGACCACUGCUGGUGAGGGUACUACCAUUGACCAGAAAAUGUCAACAGAGUCUCAUGCAAGAAGUGACAAGGGCGGUGCACCAAUGUGCCCACAUGAAAUAUCCAUGCAUGAGCAGAGUAAAGGUCAUCGCAAAAGUCCUCCAAAGGACAAGAAGUAUUCAGACAGUCCCACAGAGAAGUGUUCAGCAGAAGCGCGAUUCGAAACAUAUGACAAACAGGGAACACAAAAGGACACUGACGAAGCAACAAAAGCUGUGGGUGAUGACGAAAUGCACCCAAGGAGUCAAAAUGGUAAUGGUGUCAGUGACACUACUACUCAUGAUAGGGGAGCAGGCACCUUCAUUCGCCUGGAACAAUACAUUGAAGUUGCAACAGGUUCCCCAGAGUGCACACACACUAGCCCUGUCAUGACAACCUCAACAAGGUCACGUGCUACGAGGAGUACAGAGCCGAAAGAAGCAAAAAAAUCCAAAGUUCCUUCAAGGUCAGAGGAUCUUACAAGGGUUCGACAGGACAGUGCUAUUUCCAGAGGAAUCACAGUCCAUGAAGAGGGUAGCAGUUGUGAAAUCUCCAAGUCAGUUUCUAGGGAAGGGCCUAAUGAUGAUCCUGAAGUGCUUUCCUUCUCUGUCAGCAAAAAACAAUCUACUUUUCCCAGUGACACUACUCCAGUGACAAGUGAUGCAGCCACGAGUUCUGUUACAGACACUUUGUCUUCUAAAUCACUAAGAGUGGAGUUUCCAGGCCCAGAGAUUUCGUCUGCUGCUCAUCACACAGGAAAGCCAAAGCAUAGCAAACCAGCUUUGAAGGAGUCUAGAGAACUGCCUGACCUACCACCUCCUGAAACCUGUGAAGAUGAUUUAUCACGGCCCAUUCAAGCAGCAAAGCCAAGUGUUGUACCUUCUCAGGAGCAUGUCGGCUACAAAGCAGUUGAGAAAGAUGACGUGUUUGUACUUGGAUGCAGGCCUGGCAUAUCGGACUCUGAAGUUCUGACUAACGUUGCACAGCAGGUAGUUGGUGAACAAAGCCUUCCUUAUGCCCAUCAUCCCCUUAGUUUUGACUGUGCGUUGUCACAGGGCACGAUAUGUCCCCAAACAGGACGUGUCGUCGACAGUUCCGGCAUUAACACUUUUGAUUUAGUCAGUGCAUCACAACAAGGCAUACUUGAUCCAAACUCGUUCCUUGUGAAGGACACUCUGGAUAAGACAGUUCUUAAGGUAGAGGAUGCUGUCAGAAAGGGAAUCUUAAAUCCUCACACGGGCAGUGUCCUGGUGGCGACAGACUGCAGCAGAAUUUCUUUCGAGGAUGCCCUGUCGCGUCGCCUCUUUGUCUCACCCCAGUCCCCGAUGUCCCUCACGGAAGCAAUAGAGUAUGGGUUGUACCGUCCAUCUGACGGAAUACUUGCAUGUCCCUUCACCCGCCGGUGGCUCUCGGCCGAGGACCAUUUGCUGCAUGCACGUUGGCUAGAUUUGUCCGACACUGUAGUACGGGACCCGCGCUUGGGUCGUUUCGUGACCAUACACGAAGCAGCACGUUCAGGGUUGCUGAACCUGUGCGAGGGCAAAUUGGUGGACCCUGUGACGGGAUGGAGGAUAGGACUGAGCCAGGCUCUUGAAGAAGGACUUCUGCGCUCCUCACGGGAACGGGUAAGACGCAGCCUGGGUGAAGUUUGGUACUGGCACUGUCGCUUCUCGAAAAGUGUCCUGCAGGCUGACCACUUUUCACAGAUUUUGGUCAAAGUUGAAAGAGAAGAGCUUUUAUAUCGGAAACUCGUCCUCAAAAUAUAUCGUUGCUGUAGGGCUGCUCUGUGUUACCAGCUGCAAGGAGCCUUGCGGAACAGUUGCUCCCCAUGGCUCCUGUGCAGCAGGCACAGCGCAGUUGGGUGGGAGCCUUUUGGUAGAGUACCUUGAGUUGUGCCAGUGCCAGUUCCUAACUUCACGAGACAUCCCCUACAUGAUGAGGGGCAUGUCGGAAGGUGGCUUCCCCUGCACUGCGCCCCUCCUCCCUGACGUGCACAAGGGUUGUGGAGUAAAGUUAUUCCCACCUGAGGGUUCCUGCCGCUUUUGAUGGUAUCACUUCCCACCACUUCGCCAUUCACUGUUAGGUGCACACACUAUACUGACCCGGUGGUUACGAAGCAGGAUGUCUUAGAAAGGCAUGUCCGCCUGUAUGCGUCCCUUUGGUUACUUUUCAUGAUUGCUUAUUAACGUAGCUUCACUGUUUUUUCACUGUAUAAGUGAUGUGCAUGCUCUGAAGUGUUGAAAUUGAUCAAUUUCCUCGCUAGCGUACCCUUCUAAUGUUCGGUUGGCUGUUACUAAGUGUGACUUACUGAAAAUUCUGAGUACAAGCAAUCACUACAAACUGUAACUUAUUGUUGCAGAGUCGUUGUCUGAACAGUGCGUUCAAGCAUAAAGUAUGUGCAGUACAUAUAUGACUGAAUUAACUAUUUCGAUGCAUCAGAUGGACUUUGUCUAGAUCGAAGCAGCCAUUACCAACCCUUUGUCUUGUUCCAUUUCUGGAAGUUUCAUAUUACCUCCGGUUGUCUCUUGCUGAAUUGUGAAUUCCGCUCGCAUUGUUGACUGUGAUGUGCAUAGCAACACAGUUCUGUUCACAUCUCAAGUACACACCCAAAAUAACUACGUAUUGCUAUCGCUGCAGUGUAAGUUAGGAAUGCUAACGACUCUCAACACUCUAAUCAACAUUGACUAACCCUUCCUCCCAGCACCAUCCACCACAAAGGCUUCUUCGCAGAGGGCUUCAUUCAACAUCUUUCUCCUUGACCGCGCAUAACUCACCCGUUUCUUUCUUUUUUCCUUCCCUCGU